GCGUGGCAAAACGUACAACCUUUGACAUUACGCAAAACCGUAAAUGCGUAAAACAUUGCGUAGAACCCAACGUAUUGAGGCGCGGACAAGUCGCUGGCAAGAUUCCUAUUUCCUACUGUUACAUUUUUAUAGGAUUCUUUGUAUAGGUCGUAGUAGGUACUAGGUGCUGGCUGUAAUUGAUACAUCUAAAAGUUGUGUCCCAAUAAGUUGCUGCCAUGGCAUUGAAUCAAUUUAUGCACCCUCGCAAUAUUUACCGGACACCACCAGAUUUCAAAGAGCUGGUGAAUGAUUAUCCGGAGGUUCGCCCCUUUAUGACGACGGACAUCGCCGGGAAGACGAAGUACGACUUCCAAAACCCUGACGCGCUGCGCGUGCUGACCGAGACGCUGCUGAAGAAGGACUUCCAGCUGGACGUGCAGAUUCCGGCCGGCAAACUGGUGCCGACGCUGCCGAACCGGCUCAACUACCUUCUGUGGCUGGAGGAUGUGGUGGGCGCGCUCCAACUGCCCGACGACCAGACGGUCACCGGGCUGGACGUCGGUACCGGCGCGUGCGCCGUGUACGCACUGCUCGGCAGCCGGCGCGGCUGGCACAUGAUCGGUACUGAACGCGACCCCGACUCACUGGAGGCCGCCCGGCGCAAUGUCCAGAAGAACGGCCUCGAUAACCAGGUCAAAGUGUUGGAGGCCGACGGCACGCUGCUGACGGGACCGCUGCGCGCCGCCGGCCCGGUCCACUUCACGCUGUGUAACCCGCCGUUCUUCGACUCGGACCCGGCCGAUCCGGAGGCGCCGGCGCCGCGCCGUCCGCCGCCGCCGGCCGCCUCCACCGGCGUGCUGCACGAGGUCUCCUGCCCGGGCGGCGAGCGUGCCUUCGUCACACAGAUGAUCAAGGAGAGCGCCGCGCUGGCCGACCGCUGCCGGGUGUUCACCACAAUGCUGGGCCACAAGUCGAGCGUUCGGCCGAUGAAGAAGGCGGCGUACGAAGCCGGUGCCAAGGAGGCGAUCGCUACUGAGCUCUGCCAGGGCUGGACCAAGCGCUGGGCCAUUGGUUGGACGUUUGAGGAGGGACUCAAUCUCCGCGAGAACGUCAAACCCACCAAACAGACCAAGAAGCGUGCGCCGGUGCAGUGUGUGGUGCCGCGGGACCUGGACGGCAUCCAGUACAACGUCACAGAGGUGAAACAGCAUGUCGUCGAGUGGCUGCAGGAGCUGAAGCUGGAGGUGGAGGCGGGCAACUGUAACAAGUACUACGCCUCCUACAAGGUCACCGCCUGGGAGGACACGUGGACACACCGUCGGCGGCGGCUGAGGGAGGAGCGCCGCGCCGCCGCCGCCGCCGCCGGCUCCACCUCGGACCUGGCGCCGUCGCCGGCCUCUGCCGACCUGGCCCUGUCUCCGCAGCGCGCCGCAGACACCUCGGCCGCCUCCGACACAUCAGAUCUGUCCUGUCGCACCGACGACACCGACCCGGCGGCCGGCAAACGGUCCCGCUGCGACUCGGGCGAGCCGUCGGCCGGCGCCGGCGCCCCGCCGUCGGCCAAGCGGCCCUGCCUGGAGUCAGCGCUGGGAGCGGUAACGCUGAACGAACGACGCCGGGCGCCGGCGCUUGUGUUCACCCUGUUCGUGCAGAAACGUGGACCGGACAUCCUGCUGAUGCUGCAGCUCUUCAAGGGUGAGCUGGGAUCCGAAGGAGUCAACGGCGUGCUCCUCUUCCUGAAGCGUAAGCUGGAGUCCCGGUUGGCAGUGCAUACCACUACCGGAGGCAGCGGCGGCGGGGAGGGCGGCGCUGGGACAGGGCUGGGCGGCGGGGAAAGCUCAGAGGGACAGACGGUCCAGGACGCCGCGGCUCAGGCCGCCGCGGCUCCGGUGAAGACCGUCUCAGUCAGUGAGGGUGUGAGUCGCGCCUUCAAUCGGCUGCGGACGCACAUGAAGCAGAGGUUGAACCUGUCGCCAGCGGACAGCGCUGGAAAGACCCAACAGUCUGCCUCGGGACGAUCUGAAUCACAUGUUGCGUCGGGACAGCCGGAGUCAGAGGUCGGGGCCUCAAAACAGGACCCCGCGGCUGCCGGUGAGGGCAGUACGUGAAUGUGCUGCCUCGGGUGGUCGUCUAACUCGAAAUGGUCGAGUGAAGUGACCGGUUCGUGUACAGGGCUGUGCUGAUGUGUACGAUUCUUCUCCGUUGUAUCGGCCGCCUUUCGCACCGCCUCGGGAUUAGACGGCGGUGAUUUGUACCUUGGUUUUGCUGCAGCUGUGCUGUUUGCUUUUGACGCGAUCGGCUACGUCCGCCGAACAUCUCAAAAUGUGCCAAUACUCCUACUUCGUUAGCGGUGUCAGUCCGCUAGUCUGCCAUCGACUCAGCCCGACCGUAAGCAUCGUGUCGUGCUGAGUCGGGUUACAUAUCGACAGUCUAGAAGUGUUUUAAUACACACACUGUUUUGUUAA